AUGUCUUCCGGUAAGCAAGCGUUGCAGCGACAAACGCAACAAGACUGGGAGAACCGCGCUGACGUUGAGGUUAUAACAAGCAGCAUCAAGAAAAUCGCUGACUUCCUGAAUUCGUUUGAUAUGUCCUGUCGGUUCAAGCUUGCGGAGUUGAAUGAAAAGUUGACCGGCCUCGAAAGAUCCAUUGAAUAUCUGGAAGCUAAAGUGUCUAAAGGAGGAACAUUGAAUUAA